AUGGCCGCCUUUGGCACGUCCAUUCCGUUCGGCUCCGCGGCCGCGGCCGCCAACACCAACCCCAACAAGGACCUGGAGGUGCCCAACGCCCCCUCUGACGGCAUCAGCAGCCUCAGGUUCAGCCCCGCCAGCAACCUGAUGGUAGCCACGUCGUGGAGCGGGCAGGUGCUGUGCUGGGACGUGCAGGCCACCACCGGGCAGGCCAUCCCGAAGGCGGCCACCACGCUGGACAAGCCGGUCCUGUGCAGCGCGUGGAGCGCGGACGGCAGCACGGUGUUUGCAGGCGGGUGCGAUAACGGCGUCAAGAUGUGGAACCUGGGCACCAACCAGCAGCAGCAGGUGGCGCAGCACGCCGCGCCCGUGCGCCACUGCUUCUUCAUGCGCCAGAUGAACAUGCUGGUGACGGGGAGCUGGGACAAGACGGUCAAGUACUGGGACCUGCGCAGCCCCACCCCGGCGCACACGCAGCCCAUGCCGGAGCGGGUGUACGCCAUGGAUGUGCGGGAUGAGCUCAUGGUGGUGGGCACCGCGGACAGGCAGCUGCAGGUGUUCAACCUGGGCACCCCGGGGCAGGUGUACAAGUCCCUGGCCUCGCCGCUCAAGUAUCAGACCCGCUGCAUCGCCUGCUUCCCCGACAAGACGGGAUACCUGCUGGGCAGCAUCGAGGGGCGGGUGGCGGUGCACCACGUGGAGGAUGCCCUGCAGUCCAAGAACUUCACCUUCAAGUGCCACAGGGAGGGGCAGGACGUGUAUGCGGUCAACCACAUGGCCUUCCACCCCCAGUUUGGCACCUUUGUCACCGCCGGCUCCGACGGCGCCUACAACUUCUGGGACAAGGACUCCAAGCAGCGCCUCAAGGCCAUGGCUAAGUGCGGCAUGCCCAUCCCCUGCGGCGACUUCAACAGGCGCGCGCCGGCGCCGCGGGCGCUGCGGCUGCAGGGCCGGCCAUGCACGCGCCUGCUGCACCUCGCCCAGGACGGCAGCAUCUACGCGUACGCGGUCAGCUACGACUGGUCCCGCGGCUACAGCGAGUACAACCCCACCACCGCCAAGAACCAGAUCUUCCUGCACGCGCCGCAGGAGUCGGAGGUGAAGGGGCGCACCCGCCCCGCCGCGGGCGCGCGGCGGUGA